AUCAAACAUUUGACAGGCACAAAAAGGACAAACACCAAACAUUCAGAGGAUGCUUGUAAAACCUUUACAUGUAUAUUUUUCAGACUCGGGGUGGCCCAAAUAUACGUCUGCACUGGCAUAUAUCGUUGAACCGUUUCAUAUUGGAGGAGCCUCUGGACCCGGCGAUCAAAGGAACGCUCAAUGUUCUGACGGCGGCGAAGCAGGGUGGGGUCAGCCGUGUGGUGCUGAGGUCAUCCAUCUCUGCCAUCACUCCCAGCCGAAGCUGGGUGUCCGAUAAGGUCAAGGGCGAGGAUUGCUGGACAGACAUUGACUACUGCAAGCAGAAGGGAGUGAGUUACUCCAAUGCCUAGUUGUGUUUUGAAAAACUGCGGAUUAUAUACGAUUUAUUGUCUGUUUAAUGUCCGCAUUCUAUUUUCUUAUGGAAAGUUUGUAA